UGUAGACUAGGCAGAAGCCUCAGUCAGACAGGUGGAGGAGCGCAGACGUCGUUGCGCGGCUGAGAGGUUGCACCCGCGGUUAUAUUCCCGAUUUGGACCGGGCCGGACUGUGGAGGACGCUGCUCGGAACCCUCCUGCAGCGCAACAGCCGGAUUGUGCAUGGAGCCACGCUCCGGCUCGGUUCUCCAUCCUAAUCACCGCGCACAUGCUUGAACCCUUGAGCGAGGACGCGACGCGGGGAGCGAGAGGAGGAGGCAUGUAGUUGCAACGCUUUCAGAACGUGGACUUCACAUGGUCUCCUCGGUUCUUAGACAUCGCGACUGUUUUCCGGUCCAGCCAUGGAGAACCAAGGCGCCGAGCUGCAGAAUUACGAAGACGUGCACAGAAGCGGUUACCUCCGCAAGCACAAAUCGAUGCACCGGCGCUUCUUCGUGCUGAGGGCGGCCUCGGAGCGUGGUCCCGCUCGCUUGGAGUAUUACGAGAACGAGAAGAAAUUCCGCAGCAAAUCUCCCGUACCCAAGAAAGUGCUGAACCUGGAGACGUGCUUCAACAUCAACAAGCGGGCCGAUUCCAAGAACAAGCACCUGAUCGUGCUCUACACCCGCAGCGAGAGCUUUGCCAUCGCCGCGGACAGCGAGGAGGUCCAAAACGAGUGGUACCAAGCCAUGCUGGACCUCCAGUGCAAUUGUAAAUCACCUGAAGACUACGGCAGUAGUGGAGAGUGUAGCUCCCCAUCUCCAAUUCCAACUUUUAAAGAAGUGUGGCAGGUUAAAGUUUGGCCAAAAGGUCUUGGACAUGCCAGGAAUUUAGUAGGCAUCUACCGACUGUGCCUAACUGACAAGACAGUCAACUUUGUCAAACUCAACUCUGAUGUGGCCGCUGUGGUUUUGCAGCUGAUGAAUGUUCGCAGAUGUGGCCAUUCAGAAAAUUUUUUCUUCAUUGAGGUGGGUCGUUCAGCCAUAACCGGGCCCGGGGAGUUUUGGAUGCAAGUGGAUGAUUCUGUGGUGGCUCAGAAUAUGCACGAGACCUUGCUGGAGGCCAUGAAAGCACUGAGCGAGGAGUUCCGUCAGCGCAGUAAAUCUCAGUCUGUCGGGACUUCGUGCGGCGGUGGGACAGUUUCAAACCCCAUCAGUGUUCCGAGUCGCCGGCAUCAUCCCAAUUUGCCGCCCAGUCAGGUGGGCUUCACCAGGCGCGCCCGCACAGAGACCCCUGGUGGAAGCAGUACCAGCACUUCACCGACGUCACGCCACGGAUUCCCGCGGGCUCGAACGGCAAGCAUUGGUGCCAGGUCUGAGGAGAGUGGCACAAGUACUAGGUCGACAUGGGCCAGCUCCAGCCCAAGUCUUAACGGGUCCUGCUCAACAACACCGACGCUGAGGCCUAAGCCCACCAGAGCCCCUACUCCUGCAAAGAUUACCCUCAGCCUCGCUCGCUACACGCCCAACCCCGCUCCCUCUCCUGCUCCUAGCCUGUCCUCCAGCUCCGGACACGGGUCUGAGUGUGGCCUUGUGGGCGCGGCAGUUGGAGGUAUGACGGUGUGCUCCUACUCCCGUGUGUCUCAGAGAGUUUCCGUUUCAGGUUCACCUAGCGACUACGGCUCCUCGGACGAAUACGGCUCCAGUCCCGGUGAACACUCAUUGCUCAUGCCAAGUAUGGCUGCCCAUCACGGGCAUGGUGAAGGAACUUCGAGCUACAUAGUUAUGGGUCAACGAGAGGGGCUCCUUGGUUCCCAUCAUCGCUCCAAAGGUAGACGCAUUCUUCGUCGCUCAUCCAGUCGAGAUUCUGAAGCAGAACGAAGACUCUUAAGUAAAAGAGCGUCUCUGCCUUUGGCCACCCACGAACGUGUGUUCCCGCAUCGAAAAGAUGAUGACGAGAACAAUGAAGAAUAUGCCAUAAUGUCACAGAAUGUGAACAGAGUGGUCUCUGACAGCGUGACGAUGGGGGGCGGGCGACGUGAUGUGGCAGGGGACAGCAGGAAAAGAUUUGACAAAAGGAGAGAAGCAAAUGCAAGAGCUCCUUCAGAUAGCGGCUACAUGUCAAUGCUACCUGGAGUUACAUCUCCAGCGGCAGACGAUGAGUACAUGGCCAUGACGCCAAACAGCAGCGUGUCCCCACCUCAGCACAUGCGGCAGCCUAGCUCGGAGGGUUACAUGGUCAUGUCUCCUAAUAGUAGCGUCGCCACAGAGUUGCAUGGACUGGGUAUGUGGGAUAAUAGGGUGAGCAUGGAGAGCCAGGCUUCUAGUGAUUACAUGAACGUCUCACCUAUCAGUAGCCGCUCUGCCUGUAGCACGCCACCUUCACACCCUGAACAGCAUCAACUACAACCAAAAAUGUUUAAUUCCUACUUCUCUCUGCCCCGAGCGUAUCAGCAUACCCUCUAUAGUCGCUUUGAGGAGGAUUUAAACAAAGGGGAAUGCAAAAAAGACACUAGUGAUAGCACUGGAAUAGGUGGGGGAGCAAGUUUCAACAAGAGAAACAAAAUGGGAGCGGUGCCUACUGGAGGUUUCCAACUCUCAAUGUCUUCCUCUUCCUUUUCCUCAAGCUCAGCCAGCAGUGAAAGCCUGGAGGACAAGACCAUAUCAGCAGGGAAAGGGUUAAGUUUGUACAAGAAUGCUGGAACGUGCACCAUAGAUGGCCGUCACCUACCAAAACGCGGAUCGAGCUGCAAGAGCCCAAAGCAACAAAGGAGGGGUAGGCCUCUCAGUGUGUCUUCAGACAUCGCUAAAGCAAACACCUUGCCUCGUGUGAAGGAGAAUCUGCCUCCAAUGGUGGCUCACAACGUCGGUGAGUAUGUCAGUAUUGUCUUUAAGGAAGACAAUAAUUAUACUGGCGAACGACGUGCAUUGUCGGAUAGAGCGCAAGAUGUAAUUCACGGAACCCUCCGCCCCUCAAACCAGCCCGUCCUUGUUCCUGAUAAUGCUGCUAACCUCCCUCGUAGCUUCUCUGCACCGUUGUCCACAUCUGCUGAGUAUGUCAGUAUGGAUGUAGGGAAGUCAUCAACACCCCUAAGGUCAACAUUCAGUCCCCCGCAGGGUCCACCAGCUGUCGCCCCGAUGGUUCGAUGUGAACAUGGCACAUCAUCUCCUCUGGGAACAGAAGGAAACUCUGUGUAUCGAUCCAAAGGAAAGAUAGCAGCAGACACCCUGAAUUCAUUCAUUGACAACAACAUUUCAGAUCCCAGCCUUUCAGCGAGACCUGCCACCCACUCAGGUCCUCCUGUCUCCGUGGAGGAGGAGCCAGGCCUGGGGUUUUCUCCAGUCAAGACCUUCCUGUCUCCCGAGCAUGGUAGUAGACUUGUCCGGACUGACAGUCAGGGUCGGCGGGGUCAUCAUUCAGAGAACUUUAACUCCCCUCCUUCCGUACCUCGACAACUACCCUCCACUACCAACACCUUCUCAGAGGGGGGCCAGCCAGCGGGCCACCGGCACACUUCGGACUCCUUGCUGUGGGAAAGCAGUCAGGCAGCUAGUUUGUCCGACACGGCACCUCCACAAGCCUCUGCUGAACAAGGCCUUAACUAUAUUGACCUUGACUUGGCCAUUAAGGAGAGCCCUCAAGCGGGAGCUGAGCGUUCUUCUGCUGCCUACAACAUGGGAGCGGGCGCUCUAGGCAGUGGGGCAGGCUCUAGUCUGAAUACGUACGCCAGUAUUGACUUUUAUAAGUCGGAGGAACGGAGAGCCCACCAAAUUGGCAGAAAGGAUGAUCGAGAUUGUUGAUUUGUGCUCAAGUCUACGAUGGAAACGGUGUGACAUCUCCUUGCUGAGCAGCACAACUGUUGCCGCAACACAACUGUUCAGGAGUCCAAAAUAUCGGAACUCUCAAAAACCAUUCCUCAUUCGUCUGACAUGUUUUGACAACGCAACAUGUGCCAAACACACCCACACACACGCACACAAAGGGUAAGGAAAUGUUUAUAUGCCUUGCUCCGAUUAUCGAACACAAACCUGAUGAUGGAUGAUGUGUGAUUAUUUGAGUUUACAGGUCGGCUUUAUAUCCAUUUGACAUGAUCAAAGCACUAUGACAAUCGGGCAAAGCCAUAAAGUCGGUAAAAAUGUCCCACGUUUGGUUUGAUUGCCUCCAUGAUUGACAUCAUUGUGAUUGGUAGCUAAGUAAAGUGUAAUGAAAUGUGAUCAUUCAAGGCACAGUAAUGUCAUCCCUGUAAUUUAUGGGGUCUUAUUCUAGCUUGCAGUCCCAAAAGGCUUUGUUUUUGUCUUGCGUGUCGUGUCAUCUUUUUCUGAAAACAUGUCACAUAAAAAAGAUGGAAACAUGGCUUGAUCACAGUCAUGCUUUUUGUCUAUCUAAAACACAGAUGCCAUUAAAGCCAUAAUGUUUCUUCAGGACUUUUAUUGAGCUGUAAAAAUAUUUUUUUUAAGUACAAUUUCUGGCUGUGACAUGGUAUUAUACAAAAACAACAACAACGGAAUUACAAAUGUUGAAUAUGAUGAUUCACAUUGAAGUUGCCCUCAUUUUUUCCCCUAAAAUGAUAAAAAUAAAAAUAAUGCUUUUGGAAAAAUAGUAACUGGAGAGGCAAUGUUGAAGUAUCAAAUCAAUAUUUCAGACACCUACAGUCAAGGGCGUAGGUUUGGUCUCAACAUUGGUAGGGACGUUACAACUGCAUGUACACCUUUUGCUGGGGACGGGACAUUCAUAAGACCAAACAGAUUGGGUGAAUGGGGAUCAGGGUUACAUUUGUCACAAAUAUAAACCUACCGUAAUUUUCGGACUAUAAGGCGCCAUACACCAAAUUUGACACGAAAACGAUAUUUUUUCAUAGAUAAACUGCACUGGACUAUAAGUCGCAACUGUCCUCGCUGUAUAAUGGGAUAUUUGCAGUAAAACAUAUUAACCGGUAACACUUUAUUUGACAGCGGCAUCAUAAGACUGUCAGUAGAUCAAAUGAACCACCAUGAAGUUUUGAACCAAUUAGCUGCAAAGCUUCAUUGUUUCAGAAGCUUCAUUUGGCCAUCACUGCUCCCUUGAAGAAGACAGUCAACCUCUGCUGCCACCUGCUGUCAACACUGUUGUCAUCCAACAUGCCUCCUAGCAUGCAUUGCAGUGCUACAGAUGUUAAUAACUAGAGGCGUGCGAAAUUUCAGAUUCUUAGAUUAUUCGCGAUUCGGCUGUGGAAGAUUCGAGAACGAUUCACAGACAUCCAAAUUCCGAUUAUUGAAUUAUACCAGGUAAAGCGGAAAUAAAACACAGUCAGCGCGGUCUUCGGGACACAAUGAGAAACAGACCGAGAGUAAAUAUCAUGUUCAACUCAUGCCGCUAGAUUAAAAAAAAAAAAAAAAAACCUGACUGCGGCCGUCAGCCGCUACAAACAGCGCCCAGUUGCUAGUUGCUACUAACAUACGGCAACAUAUGGUAGAUAUCACAAAAAUCUAGAACUAGAUGUGAAAUGACAGACGACGGCCAUGUUAGAUCAUAUACCAAGAACUAGAUGCGAAAUGACAGACUUUCCCGCGCUAGUAAACAGGCGCCAUCUUGAAGUAGUAGACUUUUCUAAAAGGCUCUGUUGUAGCGAACCAAAUUACUUAAUUGUGGUGCAUCAAUAAUCGAUUUAUAAUCGAAUCAGAGCCUCUGAAUCGUAAUCGAAUCGUUAGGUGCCCAAAGAUUCCCACAUCUAGUAAUAACAAUCAAAAUUCAUGUUCUGUGCUAAUAAUUGCUUCAGUUACUGCUCCAGUUGUUUCAUUAAUUGCUAGUUAUGGUAUUUGGUAACACUUAAUUUGACAGUGGCGCCAAAGGACUGUCAUAAGACCAUCAUAAUUAUGACGUGACACAGUCAUGAGCAUUAAUGAAUGCUUAUAACGGAUGUUAUUUAAUGUCAUCCCGUAAAUUAUCUCACUUUUGAAUGGAUGUAAAAGAUCCAAGCUGGACAUAAAUGGAGUUAGUGCUUUAAUUUGCCCGAUUACACUUAAUGACAUCUGUCCUAAGCGUUAAGUAAUGCCCAUGAUAGUGCCAUGUCAUAAUUAUGACAGUCUUAUAACAGUCUUAUGACGCCACUGUCAAAUAAAGCGUUACAUAUUAACCCAAAUAAAUCAACAAAUAAGCCGCACUGGACUAUACGCCGCAGGAUUCAAAAUGAGGGAAAAAAGUAGCGUCUUAUAGUCCGGAAAUUAUGGUAAUUAUUUGGUAGGCUAAGUAAUCAAUGCAAAAAUAAAUGUGUAUUGACUUACACCAACUUUCAUGUGUAUUUUUCAGGUGAUACACUGUUCGAUUCAAACCUUUGUUUUCAAAAACUACUUAAGAUACAUUUUGAAAACUCACAGAAUAAAUGUCUGGAUUUUAUUUGCAAUUUUAAUAAUUUAAUUUUUAAUAAUUUGAAUUGCAAUAUUUAAACAUGAAUUAUAUUCCCAUAUUUACAUACUUUUUACUUCGACUAUGAUUAAUGUAUGAAUAUCUGAAAAAAUGUCUGCAUAGACCUGCAAAUAAAAAUUUUGCAAAUAAAUAAUGUAGAAAAUAAAUACAUCUUAAAUAAAUGCAAGUCAUCAGCCAAUCAAAUGUAAAUUUGAGGAGAAAAUUGGACUGACACAUCCAGCAAGUGAAACCAGGUAAAUGUCAGUCUUAACAUAAUGAAAAUAAUACACUUAAUAAUAGUAGGGUCAAUUCUAUCCUUACAGCAUUUGGGAAGACAAAAUUACAUAAAAUUAUAAAUAUAAUUGACUCAUUAUUUUAUGCAAAUAAGAUUGCUUAAAAGUUGGUGGGGACAACUUGAGCAUUCUGAAAAGUUGGUCGUAUUAUGUCCCUACCGUCCCUAUGCAAACCUACGCCCUUGCCUAAAGUACGUUACUAGUGAAUUAAAACUAAUCACUAGGUUACAACAGUGUGCUCCUACAAGUAGUAUUACUAACUCCACAAUGUGUAAAAGUCAAUUAGUCAAACUCUACCUUGUUAUUAGAAGUGCACAUGUAGUGGUUCUACCGAUGUACUCUGUAUCAGUAGACAUCAUUACAACCCAUUGGAAACAUGUUUGUUUUUUGAUAUAGGUAAUUGGCAGUCAAUAUUAUCAGCACAGUAAAAAUGUUCAGUAUAGAAGACACAUGGCAAUGGUUUGACAUUAUUAAGAGUUUUGGUGUUCCACAUGGAGGCUCUUCUUUAUAAGUGUUCCUAUGAAUCACUUGCAAUGCAGUGUUGUUUUCGUCAACAAUGACAAUAACUAAUAAAAUAUUUUAUAGAACAUUUUUUCAUGACGUGACGAUGACUAGCUAAAUGUGGUUUGGUAAAACAUAACGAAACGAAUACCAGUUUUCGUCUGACGAGACGAAAAUGCUAAAUAGUUUCUGUCACGUACUUACAAUGCGCGACAUUUUCAUAUUGUACGUUGAGUAUGUCAGCUUUAAUCAUAUCAGUGUUUGGCUCGUGUCCCUCAUGUGAGAUGAUCCCUCACUCUUCUCACCGGAGUUUAGGAUGUGUUUCAAGCUGGGCUGCGCUCUGUCUUGCUUGUUCGUAAGCACAUGGUAAGAUUUGUUUUCUUAUCUUGGCAAGAGAGAAUAUGCAAUGUUGCUUUAGCCUCGUGUGUUAGUCCGUGCUGAGUGGUCAUCACACACGAAAUGUAACUCGUCGCGUUAACCAUAGCCUUCACGUUAGGAUUUAGCAUCAACUUUAGCGUGGCAAGCAUCCUUUUAAACUCUCUGACUUUUUUUUUUUUUUAACGUACUGUACAGUUCGUGAUGUCUAGGUGGGUUUAAUUGCUUUUCCAGCUGAGUGUGUACUAUCUUCACGAAGUUGGCGUUGUCCUUGUCGAAGCUACAAUAUGUGCUUGUCUAUGUGAAUUGGAAAUUGUUGGACACCUUGGGACUAGACAUGUGUCAAUUAGCAGUUUCAAGGUAUACCGUGGUAUGAAAACGUCAAGGUUUCAAAACCGCAAAACUUUUCCGUCAUACCGUCCCUAAGGUAUUAACUAUUUUUCAUGUCCCGAAAAUGCAGGGAGCAAUCCCUCGCUUGCAGCUGUAAGGCUCAACCCUCCCCCACUGGUUGGUGCUCAAUGUCAGUGAGUCAGCUGUGCUACAUGAUGGCUGGAGGAGGUGAAACUCAUGAUUUUUUCCCCCCAUCGAAGAAAACGAAAUUGCUGGUAUGGGAAUACUUCGGCUACAAAAAAGUUACAGACGGCCGCGGCUUAGAGAAGGAAGGCCAACCGACAUGUAAAACAUGUUUGCGGCGGGUGGCUGCCGAGGAGGCAAUACCUCCGACAUGAUUCCGCGUUUAAACAAAAUUAAAGUUUAGUAAACACUGUCAUGAACGUUUCCCACCAGCUACGAGAGUUAACUCCAGCGUGUUUAGUGUGUCUAGCGGUGGUAAAACAUGUGUUUGCUUUCUUUCUGGCAACUAUCUGUGUUCAGAAAGAGUGUGUGUAUAAUGUAAACAUGAUACGAGUCAUACAAACGUGCUUUUUAUGGAAAAUAAUUGAAUUAUUUUUUGUUAGGAUGGUAAUAAAGUUGAGCUGUGGUUGUGGGUUUAGGCUCACCUAAAGGACUGCAUUUAUUUUAAUUUUAUUUAGAAUAUUUCAGUUAUUUUUUUAUUUAUUUUAACUUAACAUUACACUUAUGUUGCAGUUUGAUAAUAUGUUUAAAAAGGUUUUUUUUUUUCUAAACCCAGACCUCAUAGUAACACAUUUUAAAGCUGGAAUUGCAAUAACGUGGUACCGUGAAACCGGGAUAUUUUUGUUUAAGGUCAUCAUACCGUCAGAAUCUCAUACCGGCACAUGCCUACUUGGGAAUAAAACUUUUGAAUUUUACAGACUAAAACAUUUUGAGUAACUGUCGACUAAAACUAGACGCAAUUUGACGAGAUUUUCGCGACUUAAGACGAACACAUUUUGAAAUGACUAAAAUAUGACUAUUUUCAUCCAAAAGACAAUGACAAAAAUUAAAAGGGCUGCCGAAAACAACACUGCUAGAAUAGUUACCCAUUAAAAAUGACACACAAACAUAAAAUGGAGGAUUUCAAAUUAAAUUGAGUCGCAUCUGUAGUUUAAUGGAAAGAACCAUCACUUCAGGCCACAUCGUAGGCUUUCCACACAAUUCCACGUGAGGCUUGUAAAGUAUCUUAUGUGAUUAAAUGAACCAUAUUGUCAGGACCCCCUUAAAGGAUGCAUUUAUUCCUGUUGCCAUGGCUUUUUAUGCAGCAUGCAUCCUUGUGCAUACCAAUUGGCCAAUCAAAAAUAAUGUUCUUCCGCAGCAUUAUUUGGUCAGCGUGUCCCAAGUAUACACUCAGUACCUCAGACAAACUGAUUUGGUACAAAAAUUGCCUUCAGUCCACUAUAUGGUCUAUAGUUGUGGUACAAAGAGAAAAACAAGAUGACAUCAUAUUUUGUGUUUUAGCUAAAUGUUUUCGAACCAACAUGUACUGCGAUUCCAAAACGAGUGUGUACAUUGUUUGUUGUUUAAAAAAAAAAAAAAAAAAAAAAUCAAUGUAUAUUGUUCUAUGGUUCAUACUACAGUAUACAAGAUAACAGCAUUUACGACACUGCAGUUGUUUUUUAUCAUUUACAUACCAGUUUACGCAAAUAUAAUGUGACACAUGUUAUUCAAAAUAUACAGCAUACAUACAGUAUUUUGAUUAAUGAUAUUUAGCCUAGAUAUCUAUAUACGCUUUUAUAAAGUGCCUCUUUUUUGAUUGUAGCUGUUUUACACAAUCUUUCAAUGGGUAGUGACAAUACAAAAACGAGUGAGGAAACAUUGGUAUCAGCAAAUAAUUUUCAAAAUUGCCUUACUGUUUAUCUGAAAUAUGAAAAAAAAGAUUUUUUUUUUUGAGGGUGCCUAACAGUUAAGCCACUAUGUAAGCAUCCCUUGCUGUUAUUUGACUUUGUCAAGUUGAGGUUUGGCCCAAAAUCCACAACACGGGCUGCUAUUUCAUCCUAAAAAGGUUACCGGACAACAUGUGGAUUCUAAAUUGUACACGUUUUAAUCUUGAAUCCUUUUUUUAACGACUUUCUGCAACGUUUUUACCUGACAGCUUUCACUUUCUUGUAUAUAAAAUACUAACAAAGCAGACUCAUAUCAGGCUGCAAAUGAAAUGUAUGUAUUGGUUUAGGCUUGUAGUGUAUCUUGAACCUCAAAGCAAACAUUAUUUGAACUCUUCAGAGCAGCUAAGCGCUUACCUGGGCUAGUACACUAUGAACACGCUUGUGUGUGUUGUUUUUCUAUAUUUGAAAGUGGAUUCAGUCCCCAAAUGGUGUGAAUAGUGCUCCUCUUUGCCUUUACCCAACACUCGAGACCUGGUGUGUUCCUCUCACAACCUAAUAUUUGUAUUAUUUCUAUUGGUUAUACUGCUGUUAGAUUGCUAAAUAACAACAACAAAAAUAUAGUCUGCCUUGAUUGAUUUAUAGACAAAAUCAAUCAUAAAUCUGAUUUCAAAGGAAUAAUUCUUUCGUUGAAGUGCUACGGGGCCAAAAUGUUUUUCUUUUUUUUAAUUCUUCAAUGAAAAUUUUUAAGAGUGUUUUUUAUAAAGUUAAUGUGACUUUAUGACGGGCUGCAUACAGUACCCAGAACCACUGAAAGCUGGUUUGGUCCAAUUUCAGUUUAUAUGAAACACACUGUAAAAUAAAUCAAAAUGGAGUGAAUUUAUGAUUUAAAAACAAAGUGUGAGAUGGCCAAACUCAGCGUAUUUCUGGUUGCGUGUAUACAGGGUACAAAGGAAGAAGGCUUUCUCGAUGUAUUUUUCACACUGGUAGAUUUUCCCACAUUCAGAAUCAUAUUUAUGAUGUGUUUUCAAGAGGGUUAGUAACAGCAAAUAAGGGCAAUCGUGUGGUCGCACAAGAGUGCACACCCGCCUAUAAAUGGACUCAGAAUUAACUGGAAAAUGUGCAUCUGUUUGGAAUAAUUUAUAAUUCGCUUGGACCAUGAAUUAAACCUCCAAAACAUUUUCGCUACUGUGGAAACCUAAUUAAAUUUUGGGUUAUGAAUUGAAAAGUUUUGUUUGGCGCACACAAAAGAUUAAAAGAACAAAACAGUGAAGGUUUAUUUAUUUAUUUAUUUUUCCUCCAGUGACAUAAAAGUUAUCAGUCUAAAUAACAAUGGAAAAUUACUGUUGCAGUUCUUGAAAAUUUGGCAUUUGAAUAGGGGUGUGCACUUUUUUUUUUUUUUAAUGCACAGUAUAAAUUCACUCAAACUCAGAAUUUGGUAAGAGAUGACAAAAUUGAAAUGUACUUUAUUACAAAAUUUCAAAUGAGAAAUUAACCUCUAAACACUUGUAAUUUAACUAAACAGACGACUUGGUUGAAGAGGUCCUUUAUAAUCUUGUUAUUCCUUCAGUGAUUCUCUUCUAAUUAGGGAUUACGAAGUCAUUCUGACUAUACCUCAUAAUCUCAAAACCAUGCAGACAAAACAGUUGGUAGUUAAACCCCUGACGAUCUAAGAGCACAAUAGGUCAUCAAACAGGAGCAAAAUAUCAAUAGAAGCUCUAAAACUGCUCCUUAGUGAAGGACCGGACUCUAAGUGUGGGAAAUGAUACUGUAUUUACAAUCAAGAUAGCAUCUGUAAUUACAAUGGAAAGAGCAUUUUAUGUAUUUUAAAGUUAUUGAUACUACUUUGAUAAUGAUGUAAAAAGAUUGAACAUGACCUAUGUAAAAUAUCAUGUGUAUAGAGGAGUUCAAUGAAGGGGUGGGAAAGUUUGGGUUGAGUGGGGUUCAUUCUUGACCAAUUCUUUCCAAACAGAAUCUUGAUGAUACUUGUCUGUGAUGUAGACAACCUCAAUGUUUUUUUUCUAUAUAUAAAAGACAAAGUGGAAAAAAAGAACAUUUGUGAGUCUUUUAUUUAAUAUGUAUUAAAGUCCAAGUUGCAAAAUUUACAUUAUGUGCCACCAGACUGUCGUCAGGCAACACUGAUCAGACUUUUUAAGGUAUUAGCCAGACUUUAUAUUUUUAAUCCCAGACUUCUCUGGUCUACCAGAUGGUAUAUUGGCAAGACCAUUGCGUGACAAGAUGCCACUUUAUGUUUCUCACACAUGUACUUUUUGGAUUUGCUAAUUCAAAAGUUUGGCUAACCCAUAGACCUCAUAAUGUAAUUGAAGGGACACGCGGCGCAGGGCUGAUAAAUCGGGGGCCUGCAUUGUUGGCCAGGCCUUCAAAGUUGACAGGGUGGAAUCACAGACAAAGAGCUAUUUUCGUUGAACAUUCUUGUGAAGAAAAGCUUAAAUCCCUGAAUUCUUUACAGUUAGGGACGUAAAAUAGUCUAGAUUCUUGGUUAAAAGCAUAA